GCCAGACGGGGUGGCCUUUCUUUCCCUUUCCAUUCUCGUCGCGUCCGCCGUGGGGAGCGCGCGUCCACUAGCCUCUUACUAGCCAGGCGCAGAGUAGUUUUUAGAAACCUGAAAAGGUGGCAUCGUGUUCGAAAAGCAAACUAUAACUAGCUCGAGGGAUGUUACUUGAAAAGCAAUUGGAUUAACUGUUGAAUAUGCGAUAUGUUUAAACCCACGAUCAUUGUCUAUACAUUUUUGGCCGUUCGGUGUUACGCAGUUCCUGGUGGUGUAAUUAAGUCGCCCUCUGCUCUAAUGAUUUCAAGAAAAAGAAAAAAAAUCAAUAAAAUAAAAAAGGUUAAAUUAAUGCAGCUCUGACGAAAAUGCAACAUCGGACUUAAGCUGUUACUACCUUGCAUUCCGGAAUUACCCUUCCUCACGCCAACUUCAACAUUAUCAAGUCCAAGAUAUUCGUUCGCUUGAGAGCCUCACUUGGCACGACGAAAUGCAUCUUGCACACGCCUGUUUUGUGCUGCUGCUCGUGUCAACCUCAGUCACUGAAGCAACGGACUGGGCGGAGACACCCGAGGGUGUGGCGAAAGGCGUGGUCACGGGCGUGGCGAAAGGCGGGCGGCAGACUGAAGGACACGCCCCUUGGCCUGCCAACAAGACAAAACACAAGCAGAAGGGCCAUAGGAAAGGGUGGCAGUCGUCUCGUGCCAAACGCCAGCGGUCCGGUAAGACACCCAAGCCUUGCUGUGGAAGCGUGGUCACUCUGAAGGCGACGGAGCCGACGGGUGAAUUCACUCGGGUUAUCGCCGGGCAGUCUCUGCUGAUUAAGGACUAUCCUAGCAAGGCCAGCGCCUCUCCUCCCGUCGUGACUGACCUGCGCGUGACCUCGUUGGCCUUGCUGGCCGACGGCCGCUCCACCCUCGGCCUCGCGUGGACGGCGCCGGGGGGGGUCUUCAACGAAGGGACAGCUUCCGAUUACAUCUUCCGGUUCAGCGACAACAGAGGAGACCUCACGCAAUUGGGCUUUGACGAGGCCGCUGAGUGCACGCUCCUGCACGCCGAGUGGGAGGACCUCGAGUCUAUCCUCCAAGGGAUUGGCACCCCGGUGGCCAUCAACGUCUCCUUCAGCCAGGAGCUGGACUGCGACCGGGGCUACUUCGCGGCCCUAAAAGCGAUAGACGACCGAGGAACUGCCGGACCUGUGUCGAAUCUCGCCAACUUCACCUCGACGGGGAUGCGGUUCCCGGCGCCCUUCGACGGCACCAUCAGCGACCUGGAGAAACUGAUAGAGGAAAUGUCGAAUCGUAACCAAAGUCAGAAAACUACCAAGAAAAUGAGACAGCAUGAGCGAUACGGCAAAAUGAAAACAAAAUUACUCAAAAUCCGAAUAAAUCUCAGGAAAUUAAGUAAAAAACUUCGAGAUCGUAAACAACGCGAACAAAAUAACAAGAGAACUAAAAAUCGUAAGCGAAGUAUGAACAAUAAAAGAAAAUUAGGGAAAACUCGAAGGCAAAAACAAAAGAAAAAAAAUUCAAAAUCGUAACCGACGUGAGGAAACUAACAAGUGAUUUUAAAAGUCCCAACCGACUUCAAGAAACUGAUAGAAUAAUUUUCAGAAAUUUAAAGCUAUGCUUUUUCUCAAUACGAUGAUGAGGGGAUUUUUGCCUUGUGCGGCGAAUGGUUCUCUUUCACGCAGUAUACACGAGGUUAUGUAAUUACGGCCAAUGGGGAAUUGAGCUAAUGGGUGCAUAUAAUAUCUAGUAAAAAAUCAUAUGUAUUUAUAAAUGUGUGUGUGUGUGUGUGUGUGUGUGUGUGUGUGUGUGUGUGUGUGUGUGUGUGUGUGUGUGUGUGUGUGUGUGUGUGUGUGUGUGUGUGUGUGUGUGUGUGUGUUUUGUGUGUGUGAGUGUGUGUAUUACUGGAAUGAAUGUCACGCCCACAUGCUGCCCCCGGUGCGUGGGCGCCCGAGUCACGAAGCAGAGGGAAAUACCUGCGCAACGACUUCGUUAAUUUCAAGAACGUGACGCGGGAAGAAUCUCCUUAUCGGGUCCUUUUUAAAUGACCUUCCCUGUUUGUUUGUUUUUUCGUAGUUUUUCGUAUUUCCUCUUGGAGAGAUUAUAGCUUGUCUUGCUAAUUCUCUCUCUCUCUCUCUCUCUCUCUCUCUCUCUCUCUCUCCUCUCUCUCUCUCU